AUGCUUGAGGGUGAUUGUGUACCUGCAGCCGUUUCCGACGAAUUGAUUUGGGAGACUGCAGAACUGCUUGGGUCACUGAGGCUUCAGCAAGCUGCUGUUGCUGCUGCUGUUUUUGCAUAUUGUGCAACCUCGUGUCACUAUCACAGAUUUGAAGAAAGCAUUGAAUUGCCGCUAUUACAGUCAAAUAUUAGCACUUUACUGAGCAGAACAAAUGCAGUACGAGCGGAAAUAUGCACCAGUUUCGAAGGUACCGUGCAACAGAAAGCGCAACCACCAGCAGUUGACACUCCUAAAAAACACCAGUGA